ACAAGGUGGCAGACCCCUUUUGUCAUGAAGGAGCCCUGAAGCUGCGUUUCCAAUCAAUCGACCUCUCGACGUCACUAUUACCCGACUCCAAUCUCGAUAAACAACAAAACGCAGACAGACUAAUUUAUAUCAGAGGCAACUGUUUACACGCCAUGCUCGCGUCCCAUCGCGACCAGGAGAACCUGGCGCACAGCCAGCAGAUCCCCACGAAACAACAGCCGAAAACGCCCGGCGCACGAUAUCCCAAGACGCCGCUCGCGUUCCGCAACGAUGAAAACCUACCGACCGCGUUUGCGGGCAAGUCGGGAUUGGGCGGCGCUGGCACAAGACCAGGAGGGAUGAACAAGAUGACGGCUAAGAAGGGCCAGCAGCAAUCUCUGGUGACGCCGAUGGAGCCGCGGACAAGGGCGCCCCUGGGAAACAAGACCACAAAUGCCAAAGCAAAGGCCGGACGAAGCGGCGGGGUCAAGGAAAGGGUCAAUGAAAUCGAAAAGUCUCAGGCAAAGCACACCACCGUACAGAAGCCAAAACUGCAGCCUGUCGAUGUUGCACCCAUCAAGAUUAAGAUUCAGCCGGACUCGCAGGAGAGCCAUUCGGAUCUGGAAGACGAGCCCGAGUAUGCCCCACCACCGGUGGCUCCGCUGCCAUACGAGUCGGAUAUUCUGCCGAAAGGCGGCCUUACAUCCAAAGGCUUGAAGGGAAAAGAAUCCUUCUUCAAGGGCUUCUACCAGCACUAUAGUCGUCCUGACGGAAACGGCAUGUCACGAGAGGAGAAGAAGUUCAACGAGGAGAUGGAGGCCAUCCUAAGACGGGUCGAGGAGCGCAGCCAACGUGAGCUUGAUGACUUGCAGUGGAGCGCCGCAGACAUCGAAGAAUCUAUGACGGCCAUCCAACGUAAGUCCGAGGAAAGCAAAUCCGAGGGAGCAAGGCUGAGGACCGGGUCGCUGCGGAAUCCCCCAACCAUUACGUCAAAGAGAGCGGCAUCCGCACUGGCAAUGUCGUCGGGUGCUCAGAAGCCAGCUUCAGAAAAGGCAACGGUGACUUCUAAGGCCCCUCGGCGGCCUCUUUCUGCCUUAAUGUCUCGAUCCAGGCCGGCAAAGCCAGUGACGACGACGACGACCUCAGCCACCGGCAACAUAGCAGCGGAAGCUGCGUCGCGUACCACCAUCGGCUAUAACAAGGGUCGGACGGCUUCAUCCAUGCUGUCGCGUCGAGCGCCGAGUGUAGCCGAGCGGCACAAGCUGGGAACUCGAGCACCUACGCCUUGCGAUGCAGGAAGCGACCUCACAAUCACCCCGGCACGCAUCCGUCACCCGUCGAGCCGCAGCGAGACACCCGCAGAGCGGCUACAGUUCUUGUCAAUUUUCGACGAUGUCGACGACGAGGACCUGCCGCUGAUGCGGGGAGCACUCCUCGACUCAGAUGAUGAUGAGGAGUUUGAGAUGAAGCUCACCAUCUGAGCAGCAUGUCAGGCCUAAUGAUAUUGUAUUGAUGCUGGAAUUCAGGGAUGGAUUGUUCAUGGCUAGGAGCAUGACGACAGUGCUCCGCGCUUGGCGUUGGUCGGUAUCGCUGAUUGAAACGCUCACGGAAGGGAACGGGAUCGUGCGCCCCAAACGGCACGUGUAAACAAAAACGACUUGGGUCUAUUUUCAGGGGCAGCAGAGCUGUAUGGAAUGCGUAGAUGGAUGCGCUGCACCCAUCCGCUCAAGAAAAGGCGUUUGGUGCGCACUCGCCGAAUACGAACCGUUGUUUGCUGGAUUAUUUGCUGGAUUACUACAGAAUUCGUUGAGCGAAAGUGCCAGUGAUGC